AUGGCAGGGAAGUACCUUCACGAUAGAAAGUCCUCUUCUCAGCAAGCCCGUAUAACUCUUCAAUAUAAGUCCACCAGCCGAUAUGAGUCUUUGACCAUGGAACAAUUGAGAACGGAAGGAAUAGACCACCCAGAUGUAUUCAACAAGGACAUAGCUACCCAUGUCGUCACUGGGAUUCAGAACUUUUCCAAUCGAGUCACAUGCAUCAGUCGCAGUGGAGGAACCAGAAAACAAGAAGCGUAUCUGCUUCGCUGUACUCAUAAUGGCGACAUCCUCCUUCCGAAAAACCCGACCACCUUCCAAGAAGCCCUCAAGGUAUAUGAAGAACUCCCGACGCUCUCCGGGAAAGGCAGUCUACCAAAACGAAUAUAUCUCUUUCCACUUCAUAAGCUGUACAACAGAGCUGCAAAAUUGAUUCGGGAAAUUAACACUGGAAUUAUCCAAGAUGUGGAAGAGAUUCUAGAAUCCUUGCAUGUCAUGAAAGUUAAGGCGAACGAUUUGGCGAAAUCCAAGGUGUGCAAUUACUUCUCGGGUAUCCAUUCUCAGUUGGAUGUAUUCUGUUCACACCUGGACAGAUUCAAGGCAAAUUUCCAAGAAAGUCCAAUGCUAAAAUCAGUUCGCAGUUCCAGCACCGAAGAAACUUCCCUCUCCCAUCUCAUCCAGCAAAAGCUAGCCACUCCUUUCAAUCAGGAAAAACUCUCCUCCUGGCUGACAGGAAAAGAGAAGGUGAAAAGCAUCCUGGAACGGUACCUUGUAUUCUUCAAGGAAGUCACCUACGCCUUUUCCCCUUGUGAAUUUUGUACCGCUGUAAACGACCUGAGGAUGAAUGCCCUCUGCUUCAUCUUCCAAGUCGUCCCAAAAACAAAUGCAGUUUUGGAACUGAUGUCCGAAUAUUUGAAGCGAAAAGACAUUGGCAGCUCCUGUUUGGAGAAGGGAAUCCCCAAAAAUUGGUAUGAGGAUCGAAAAAUCGUGCAGACAUUGCAAGGAGCCUCCUGCAAUUUUUUAGCUUUUUUCAAUGCUAACAAGUCUCAGAAUCACUUGAAGUUCGUAGUGACAGAGGAAAGUCAUGUAAAUAAGUCUCAUGACAUCCUUCUUUAUGAAGCAGGGGUUCCAACACCUUUCGUUCCACCGGGGAAGCCGCAAGGCCUAAAGGUUCUCGCUGUUAAACACGAUACCUUGAAACUUUCAUGGGAACCGCCCACCUAUGGAACGGAAUCAGAGGAACGAUACUUGGUGUCCUUUAGACCAUUCGAGUGUCAAGAGAAAUGGCAUGAGCAAAAGAUAAAUGAGAAGAAGGAAGAUGCCCUAAUCAUUGGCCUCACUCCUAAAACAAAGUACGAGUGGAAGGCUCGAAGUAUUUGCUCAGUUGGUGAGAGCGAGGACAGUGAAAUGAAUGGGCCAAUCGAGAUGGAAGAUUUCCAUCCGAUUCGGCUGGCUGAGAAGCUUCUCCAACAAUCCGAACUCAUUGAAGACAUCAAGGAUCAGGGAACAAACAAGUUGAUGAAGUAUGAGGUUGGCGAACCCGUCUUCCCACGGAAGCCUGAGAGGACAAUUCUGGUAGUUGGUGCAACUGGAUCAGUUGACACACCCGGAUUUGGGGAUACGUCUGGAAUUAUGGCCGACAGGGAAAUCGUUCGCCAGAUGGAGGAAUUCUUUAACAGGAGAGGUCCUCUUUGCAUCGAGCAAGUGGAAGCUGUUGGAUUUGUCAUCCAGGCACCUGAAGCACGGCUGACACCCACUCAGAAAUACAUAUUUGAUUCCAUCCAGGCUAUUUUUGAAAAGGAUGUGGCGGCCACCUACCAGUUGAUGCUGACUUUCGCUGACGGCAAUCGCUCACCUGCUUUGGAUGUCGGAAAGGCGGCGAAUAUCCCCCAUACGUCAGUGUACAAGUUCAACAAUGCAGCAGUAUUUGCUAGCAAGGAUGAAGAAAAUUUUGAAUUUAAUACGUUGAUGUGGAAGAUGGGCAUGAAAAGCUUCACAUCCUUCUUCAAAAAGUUCGCAAUGGCAAAACCACUGGAGGAGCUGCGACAAGAGAAGGAUGUUCUGGAGAAAUUUGAAGAACAAGUAGAUGCAAGCAAGAACUUCAAGUUCAUAAUCAAGGAGAUGCGUCAGCAGAAAAUCCCCUUGGAGAAGGGUGUAUUUUUGACCAAUUGCCUCAAAUGCAGUUUUACAUGCCACUUGCCGUGCGGGAUUGCUCAAAACGAUAAGAAGCACAAAUGCUCGGCGAUGAAGAAAGGCUUUUGCAAAGUUUGUCCUCUUAAAUGCGAAUGGAAAGCACACGUCAACAACCCGUACAAAUUCGCACGGCAGGAAGUGGAAGUGGAGAAAACGUCCGAGGAUCUUAAGAAACGCUACGAGGAUGGCAUAAAAGGAAAGGUAACAGUCAAGCAAAUCAUCGAGAAGCUUAAUGAAAAUUUUCUAAUGGCAGAGCGUCAAGUGUGCCAAAUGAUUCUCGAGGCUCAUGAGUCUCUGCAGAAGCUGGAGGAGAUCGCCUUGAAAACCGACCCCUUGUCGGCAUUGGAAUAUUACGACUUGCUCAUAGAAUCGGAGAUGCAGCAAAAUAAGCCAGGAUACGCUGAGAGAGUAAAAAUACUUCAAGAAGAAAGGGAACAAUUCGAGUUGUUCUUGCAAGUCCGCAACGGACAUGACCCAUUCGGAGAAUACAGGAACGCAGGGCUGGCGCCUAAGGAACCCUAUUUUGAAAUUUGGAAGAGCUCAUAA